UCUCUCUCUCUCUCACUCACUCACUCUUCAGACACUUCCCCCAUCUCAUCCUCUCUCUCUCCAUCCUUUGGAUUCUUCAGUAAGGAGAGGAAUCUGAGAGUGUCGGCAACAUGUCGGAUCUUCAGACACCACUUGUAAGGCCGAAGAGGAAGAAGACAUGGGUUGAUUACUUUGUCAAGUUCAGAUGGAUCAUUGUCAUCUUCAUCGUCCUUCCAUUCUCAGCCACACUCUACUUCCUCAUCUACCUCGGGGACUUGUGGUCGGAGUCCAAGUCAUUUGAGAAACGCCAAAAGGAACAUGACGAGAAUGUCAAGAAAGUCAUCAAAAGGCUUAAGGAUAGGGAUGCGGCCAAGGACGGGCUUGUCUGCACUGCACGUAAGCCGUGGAUCGCCGUGGGGAUGAGGAACGUUGACUACAAGAGAGCCAGGCAUUUCGAGGUUGACUUGGGAGAGUUCCGUAACGUUCUUGAGAUCAACAAGGAGAAGAUGACUGCUAGAGUUGAGCCUCUUGUCAACAUGGGACAGAUCUCUCGUGUCACCGUCCCAAUGAACCUAGCUCUUGCCGUUGUUGCUGAGCUUGACGACCUCUAUGCAAUCCCUUGGUCGCAAGGAACGCUCGGACUCCUUGUAGCUGCUGAGAUCAGGCUUAUUCCAAUCAAGGAGUACAUGAGACUCACCUACAUACCAGUCAAGGGAGACCUUCAAGCCUUAGCUCAAGGUUACAUCGAUUCUUUCGCACCAAAAGAUGGUGACAAGUCCAAAAUCCCUGAUUUCGUUGAAGGCAUGGUUUACAACCCAACGGAAGGAGUGAUGAUGGUUGGAACAUACGCAUCUAAAGAAGAGGCCAAGAAGAAAGGUAACAAAAUCAACAACGUGGGAUGGUGGUUCAAGCCGUGGUUCUACCAACAUGCGCAGACCGCUCUGAAAAAGGGACAGUUCGUUGAGUACAUCCCAACUAGGGAAUACUACCACAGGCACACAAGGUGCUUGUACUGGGAAGGGAAACUUAUUCUUCCUUUUGGUGAUCAGUUCUGGUUUAGGUUCCUCUUUGGUUGGUUGAUGCCUCCAAAGGUCUCUCUUCUUAAGGCCACUCAAGGUGAAGCUAUCAGAAACUAUUACCAUGAUAUGCAUGUUAUUCAAGACAUGCUUGUUCCUCUUUACAAGGUUGGCGAUGCUCUUGAAUGGGUUCACCGCGAAAUGGAGGUGUAUCCAAUUUGGCUUUGCCCACACAAACUCUUCAAGCAGCCAAUCAAAGGUCAGAUCUACCCAGAACCAGGGUUUGAGUAUGAAAACAGACAAGGAGACACAGAAGAUGCUCAGAUGUUCACUGACGUUGGAGUCUACUACGCACCUGGCGCUGUUCUAAGAGGUGAACAGUUUGAUGGAUCAGAAGCCGUGCGUAAGAUGGAGAAAUGGCUGAUCGAGAACCAUGGAUUCCAGCCUCAGUAUGCAGUGUCUGAGCUCGACGAGAAGAGCUUCUGGAGAAUGUUCAAUGGUGAAUUGUAUGAGGAGUGCCGCAAGAAGUACAGAGCUGUUGGAACGUUCAUGAGUGUUUACUACAAGUCCAAGAAAGGAAGGAAGACUGAGAAAGAAGUUAGAGAAGCCGAACAAGCUCAUCUCGAAACUGCUUACGCCGAGGCAGAUUAAGUAAUAAUAAACCCCAUGUUUGGUGAAAUGGCUUGAGACUAUUAUUAUAAUCGCUAGUUAUGUGUUUCCUAUUUUCAGUUUAGUGUCUUCAUCAAGACUAUUAUUGUUCUUGUUGCUGUUUGCUUGCUUCUUGUUGUUGUUGUUGCUUGACUUAUGGUUUGAGUGGAUUUUAGAUUUUUCA